AUGGUUGAUCCUUAUCUGAGGGAGUACCUGUAGGAAUUGGGCGAAUAACAAUUAUUCGAUUUGGAGUCUUAGAGACAGGAAUUAAAGGGGGAGAAGCAAGGCAAAAUUGAAUAGUUGAGAUAAUUACAAUAGGCUAAGAAUUAAAUAAAAUUAUUCUUUACAUAAACUGAGAUUUCAAGUCAUUUACAAAUUUCUUACAAAAAUAUGUUAGAGAAUCUAAAUUAAGAGUUGUUCUAAUACAUGUAAGAAAGAGCAGACUUGGAAGACGAAUAAUUUGAGUUUGACAAACGACUCAAGUCUCUUAGGUCCUAAAUUAGAGAAGUAACAGAGAAGAAUCAAAAGAUUAUUCAAUAGAUAGAGAAUAGCAAAUAAAUUGAAUGA